AUGCCCAAAUUAGAGCGUGUGCUGCGUCUUGCUGGCACUUACCGUCGCAGUGAGAACCUUUCAGAAAAGCAAUUCUACGAAUAUAUCUCUGGUCGUCACGGGGUCGAGUGUGCCAAGAUCCACGCGAAAUAUGGCGUUCUUAAGUAUCAAAUGGCUUUCAACACGGCUAGUAUGCGAGCUUUAGCAGAUAGCAUGAGGAUUCCCUACCGAAUGGACGACCACGACGUGGAAAUAGAGUACUACUUCAAGGACGCUGCUGCGCUGGUUGCUCUGUCCGCCGACAAGGACUUUCAAGCAUUGCACAUCGAGUGUCUACCCUACGUUCAAAUCAAUAAGUCGACGGCCACCAUGGCAUGGAUCGAGGUGUACGUCGAUAACGGCGAGCUUGUGAACAUCAGUUCAGAAGGGAAAAGCCUCCAGCCCUCAUUUGAGGAGCAGUCUAGCGUUGAAACAGCCCUACCUGUUGCCAACUAUCACGAUGAUGCAGGGAAUGUUUAG